AUGUAUUAUCGCAUCUUCCAGGUCACCUCCUUCGGCUUCCGCCUGGCGUGCCGUGUCGUUCAAGGAGUCAUCGUCUCUUCCGGCAUUGCUUUCAUAACCGGGACAAUCUUCCAAUGCACGCCAGUCCGUGCCUUCUGGGACAAGACCAUCGAGAAUCCCUGGUGUCUCAGCCAGACUCCAUGGUGGACCACCUAUGCGGUCCUACAGAUCCUGCUCGACUUCAUUCUGCUGUUCCUGCCGAUUCGGCAAGUUCUGCAACUUCAUAUGUCACGGCUUGAAAAACUCGGAUUGUACCUGGUCUUCUGCACUGGCCUGUUCGUGACCUUUACGAGCAUAUUCCGUGCGACCACCUUGGCAGCAUCCGCCACGAACCCCGAUCCCACAUGGGGCCCGAUUCCGGCUACGGUUUGGACCGUCAUCGAAGCCAACAGUGGGAUCAUUGCCGCUUGCCUUCCACUCCUGCGUCAGCCGUUUGUCUGGGUUUUUCACCGAUUGAUCCACAACACCAGCGCCGCUUCCCAGAGCGGCCACAGUGUUCAAGCUCGUGCAGUCGCGCAAGGGUCCAACGCAUUUCGCCACCGACACAGCCGAGGAGAUUACCGCUCUACAAAUAAUACAAUAGUGAUAGGACUACAGCCGCGUGAGAGCGAAGAGCAUAUCGUGGGGAAGGAUCACAAUAUUUAUGUGAUGCGCGGUGUGAGCGUAUCAAGCACGAUUGGGAAAGACAAUUGCAUGACAAACAUAGAGUAG